AUGGUGGUAGUUGCUGAGUGUUUUUUACAAUAUCAUGAAAGUAAUGCUCUUUCAUUGGUGCUUAACAACAACAUCCAUGUGAAAUCAUUUAAAAGAUAUGUCAAUGAUAUUCAUUCAAGGUUCCAAGUAGAAGAAGAUGUGCAAAAGUUUUUAGAUCUACUUAACAAACAACACAAAAAUAUUCAAUACACAAUAGAAUCUGCUGACUUAACCAAUACCUUAAACUAUCUUGAUGUUUCAGUUACCAACAAUAAAACCGGUACAUAUAGUUUUAAAAUACAUCGCAAAAAUGCAAUCACAAACGUUCAAAUUAAACCGAACUCGUGCCAUGACCCUAAAUUUAUCAAUGAUGUCUUUAUUGGUUUCGUUCAUAGAGCAUUACGUUUAUGCACAAUAAAUAACAUUGAUGAUGAGUUGUCAUUUCUUAUCGAUUCUUCAAAAAGAAUUGUGUCUUUACCCUGGAUCCCUGGAAUCAGUACUAAGUUAAGAAGAGCAUUUAAAAAAGCAGGAUACGCACCAGUGUUUAAGUCUCCAAAAAAUCUCCAAAGUCUACUAAGUUCCAAAAAUAAACCUACACUACCAGUUAAUUCCUUUCCCGGUGUUUACAAAUUAAAGUGCUCUUGUGGCAAAUGUUAUGUUGGUAAAACUGGGCUAAAGAUAUCGUCUCGGAUAUGCCAGCAUCAAACAAGUGCACAACAAGGUAAAGGGGAAAAUUCAGCUGUAGCUGAACAUUCCAAAAUUUGCCAAGGAAAAUUCAACUGGAAUGGCCGCAAUACGUUAAAAAUCGAAACAAAUAGUUUUAAUAGGAAAGUUAGGGAAGCCUUGGAAAUACAACUCAACGAAAGUACCUUUCGCGACAAUGGUCUUAAUCGAGAUGAUGGCGAUUAUGUGACGACGUCAUUUUGGAAACCCAUGUUUAAAUUCUUAAGUCACAAAAAACUCACUAAAAUAACUCUUAAAAAGAAGCUCUUAAAAAGAACAUUGUUUCGUUAA